AGAAGGAGGGCCGCGUGCUGAUUUCAAGGCAGACCAAGAGAAGGUGAAGGCGCUCCUCUGCUCUGCCAAGUCCAAGCGGCAGACCAGCAGCAGCCCCCUGGGCGAGAGAUGGGCACCUACAUAAGCACCUUAUUUGGUGACCUCACCCAGGACAUCCCACUUGCCCUCCAUCCAGAUACCAAAGGAUCGCAGAUCAUUCUAGACACAUCUCGGAGCAUAGCCACCAGAGUAGCCACCUUCCAUGAUGGUAUCGUCUUCUCCAACCGGCCAAUUAAAGUUAAAGAGAAGGUGACCUUGGAAAUCCUAAAGGAAGAUGGCAGAUGGAUUGGUGGCUUAAGGUUGGGCUUCACCUCAGAAAAUCCCUCCUUGAUGGACUCCAAGGAUCUGCCUCCAUACGCUUGCCCUAAUCUGGUCAAACAAGGGAAAUGCUGGGCUGCUGUCAUACCAAACGAAUAUGUAGGCGAGGGCACCAUUGUCAGCUUCUGGGUGACCAGGAAAGGCAAUGUUUUCUUCAGCAUCGAACAUCAGUCUGGCUCUUACUUACUGCUUGAAGAUGUUCCAGUCAAGAAGCCUCUCUGGGCAGUUCUAGACAUCUAUGGAAGAACUAAAGCUAUCCUGCUUCUUGAUCCCUCAAAACCAAAGACAUCCAAGUAUGAGUCAAGUCAACUGCUGUUGAAUGCAGCUGGGCAGAAUGAAUCUGUUUGCGGGCAUUUCAGUGAACACAAUAGCAUUGGCAAGGAAUGUGUCAUUUGCCUCUGCCGCAAGGCCAACGUAGCGAUGCUUCCUUGUUGGCACUCCAACUUUUGCUUCUUCUGUGCUACCAAAAUUCUCUACAGCAGUGGCUGCUGCCCUUUGUGUCGGCAGGAAGUCAAGAAAAUACUUUGUAUAUCGGCUCAGGCUGAGGAAGGCAUUCCAGCAAAAUGGCUGGAAGAAGUCGACGGCAGCCAACUUCCUCCCUGACGAAAGCGUAAUGUUGUCCCUGCACCUGUAAGAUUUCCAUCUUGAUGGGAACCAAAAAGGGCAACAGGCAGUUGACCGAAGGGACUUAUAGAAUGAAUCAGAGAGAAUGGGCUUAAGAGAUCUCCUCGUUGCAGAGUUUCACGAAGUCAACAUCCAAGGAGAGAGAGAGAGGAGUGUGGAAAGCUUGCUCAAAAAAGAAAAACCUGUUUCCAGUUUUAAAAAACAGAACAUCACAGAUGGAUUUUUGAACAGCUCCUUCUAAAAUCCAUUUUAGAAACAAACAAGACUGCUGGUUCACUUUAGCUGCUGUUGAACGUAUCAAAGAAAAGCUGAAAUUAUACCUAUGUGGACAAUGAUGCAGUGCUUUUAAAGGACAGAGUUGCCAACUGCCUUGAGAAAGAGUCUGAAUGGGAUUUUACUAGGUUAUGUAAUUUACAGUAACUUUCAGUUAAAGGGGGCAGGACAUUUUUUUCUCCGGGCCUAUUUACAGUGGUAAAUAAGAACAGAUUUUUUCUCAAAGGAUGACAAAUAAGACAAGACCACUGGAAGCUGCUUAUACCUAUUUCCCACCUUCUUAGAAAACACAAGCCACUUCAGUUGUCUUUUGGAGGAGGUGUCAGACGAGCAGAUUUUAACCAUAUUAUUCAUACUAUUCUAUAGCCUUCAAGAAAGAGCUACCCUCCAAACACAAGAAAGAGAUACCCUCCAAAUGGAAUAGAUAAAAGUCUUUGUGUGAGCGUUUUGUGGAAAAUGAAUUCUGAAAGUUGAAAAAGUGAUGAAGCUCUAAAGAGAUUCCCUAGUUACUGAAGGGAGGAAAUCACAUGAGACCUGUUGGAAAAUACUUCCAGCCACACAACAAAAACCUUUCAGUUCCUGUGAAGGAAUGAGAUACCUGCAGGCUUUGCUGCCAUCCCACACAAUAUGGGAAAUCCCCCCAGAGCCUGGCAGGAGAUGAGAUCAUAAAGGAAUUCAAAGUUGGCGUGAGGCAGGUUUCCCAUCCUUUGCUGAAAGGAAAUUAGUCAAGCUGUGCCUUUGAGGACAAGAGCAAGGGCACACACAAGAAAUGCAUUUAAUGUAUUGCACUGGGAGAAACUGCGGGGAUAGAGGGAGUGAACAAGCAGGGCAGAUAAAACAGUGAUAGGGAGUCAAGUGUUUGCACCUCCCCCCUUCCGUGGUCUUAUUCUUGUGCCUUUAAUUGCAGCUCGACACAUGGAAAUCAAGCAGGGUGAAUUUCUUCCCCAGUAUGGGAUAAAGUGAUGGAGAAUUCCCAUAACUGUGUUGUGUUCUUUUGUAACACUUUGAAUCUGAAUUGAAUCGUACGAUAUAUUGUUCAUUGCCUCAUGAGGGGUGUUUCCAGAUGCAGGCAGUGACAACAUACCAUCUGUCUUAAUUUUGUUGAUUUAAGUGGGGAUGACUGUUUUAUAACUAUAUCUGUACAUUAUUGUUAUUUGCUUUUAUACUUUAUUGUCCAGAGAAUUAUGAAAUAAAAAACACACAAUAUAUUUCUUA